GACCGUGUCGCGUCGCGUUGCGUUCCGACGAAACCACGUAACGUCGAGAGCACAUCUUCCACAGCUAGCCCUAGUUUCUUUCUAUUCGUUGUCGUCAACCGCACUCUACCUGUCUUCAAAUCCUGAGUCUUGGAAUAGGAGUCUAGGGAACUUGAAAUAGCCACUAACCGUUCUCGUGCUCACUGGGCCCUCCUCGCGUCUUCGUAAACGACUCUUGCCUUAGGACAAGCUAUACCAUAAGAAUAUUGAAGUACUAGCCUCGCCGUACUACAAAGUUUCCGUUUUACUCCUAUGAUACGAUGGAACCCGAGCCCUCAUCGACAACCGCCAAGCUAUCCGUCUACGAUGACCUGCGCGACGCUCGACGCGAAAUCACCCUCCUUCGCCACCAAGCCACCCUCUUCACCGACGACCACAACAAACAACUCUCUCAACUCGAAUCCAACCAUCAAAUUUACAUAUCACAACUGGAAUCCAACCUCUCCCUUCAAUUAUCUCGUGCGGAAGAUCUUCACCGCCGUCAGUCCGCUCUCCUUCAUGCCGAACUCAAACUCGUACGGCACGAACGUAAUGAGGCGAUCGAGUCCGCGGAGAAGGAAAGGCGCAAGGUAGCGGAGAAAUAUGCGGAGAUGGUGCGAGAACGUGGUAAAGUAGAGAUGGAGAAGAGUGCAUCGGGGGAGGAGGUGGUCGACUUGAGACUCUCGCUAAAGGCGGCGCUGGAAGAGAGGGACAAACUGGCAGUUUUGAGAGCGGAGGAUUCCAGGAGGGCUGAGGCAUUGGAUCGGGAGGCGCAGCAGCUAGCGGACGAGAGAGAUGCAUUAGAAGAGAGCGAGAGCGUCUACAGAAUGAGUAGGGAUGAUGAAGUACAGAAAUUGCGGGCGGAGAUGGAGAGCCUGCGAAGAGAAGUGGAUGCGUCAAGGGACGGACGGAGCGAGACAUUUGGACAUGCUGAAGCGUCAAGAUCCAAGGAGCUCGAGCGUGCGUUCCAGAGUCUGAAGGGUGAGAACGAAGAGUUGAAGGGAGAACGAAGCCGACUGAUCAUGAAGGUGGACAAGGUCAUGCUGGAGAUGGAUGGACUCGUAAAGGAGAGGGACACCGCAUUAGCUGCGAGGGAUUUGAUCAAGAUGGAGAAGAACACUUUGGCGUCAGAGGCUGCUUUGCUGACGGAAGAAGUCAAGGUCAUUGGAAAGGAGAAGGAAGCAUUGCUUGUCGCGGAUCGUGUCUCAAAAGAGAAGUACGAGGUUCUUGUCACGGAGAAGGCCGCCAUUGCUGUGGAUAGGGACGGUCUGCGAAGAGGUGUUGAGGUGGCCGCGAACACGGGACGGGCGGAGAGAGAUGCACUGCGAGGCGAGAAUGAGGACUGGCGGAGAAAGAGUGGCGGUCUGGCGUUGGAAGUAAAGAGGCUGAUGACAGUGGCGGACGAACUCCAGUCGGAGAAGGAUUCGCUGCUUCGUGGCAAUGCUGAGUUGCAGGAGAAAUGUGCGGUAUUGAUGCGGGACAAGGAUGAUACGGAGGUGUGGAUUAACUCGUUGGCCAAAGGCGAGACAUCGUCAACCUCCAAAAGGACGUUACUACGCGCCGAGGUCAGCGCUCUUCUGGAUGCAGUCCGAAAGGACAGAGACGCCCUGCGAGGAGAGAAUCAUGAGUUGAAGGCAGAGAAGGAAAGGGUCGCAGCGCGAAAGAGGAGUGAGGAUGGAGAACUUAUAAAGUUGGAGCAAUUCGUCGAGAGAUUACAAGCCCGGAAGAAGGCAUUGGAGAAGCGUUGGAAUAAAGAGGCGAGAGGGGUUCCUGGUUUCGAAAAGGGUGAUGCUGGAGUGCAAGCACUGGGUAAGGAUGGCCAGAAGAAUAGCGGAAGCGCUCUGGAUCAGGAUGAACCUUCGUUGACUGCCCCACAAGUGGAUAAGGUUGCUAGGUCUCCUCCUCGUCAAGAAAGCGAGAUACCUGGCUCUGCUUUAUGCCAAUUACCUCCAGCGACUGGUGCACAGCUUCCGAAAGCGCAGAACUCGGCACCGCCGAAGAGCGUCUUUCCGUAUGAAGGACCGAAAAAAAUGCGCAGGCGGUCAUCCGUUGUGUUGGGGAGAAAAACUAGGGAUGGAGAUGCCGCUAUCCCAUCCGAAGAUACUCGCAGAGUAUCUGUAUCUUCGCCAGCCCAAGCGGGGAACGCAUCUGGAAGUCCACCUUCAUUGUCUGACUCUCAACCAGAACAGAAGCGAAGGCGCACGGACGCUUGAGAUCGUGCGCGCUCCAUAUUUGAAUGUGACUAGUUUUUAUUUUGAUAAUUAU